AUGGCUUCGUACAGGCCAUUCCAUCCACCGCAACAGUCAACAUUCGCUCCUCCAGCCCCAGCUCCGCCAAAUCAAAGUCUUCUUCAGUCUUCAGCACCACAGCCAACGCAGGGCAAUCAGUACCCUAAAAACUGGGGCCCUUAUGGCGGCAAAGAGGGUUCCGCGUACAAUCAGAACUAUGCUCAGAUGAAUCUGAGCUCGAAUUAUCAAAAUGCUGGCUACAGAUCAUCAUCCCAACAGCAUUUUACCCCUCCUCCAGGAAACCAACCUCCGCCACCGCCUCAACAGCAGCAGUUUCCGUAUCAGCCACCGCCGCCGUCAGAGUCUUCUUCAUACCCACCACCCGUCCCAGCUCCUCCAGCCUAUUACCCACCUUCUAAUUAUUCCCAGUUCAAUCAGCCUCAAUCUUUGCAGCCUUUACAACCACCACCACCACCUCCUCCUCCUUCAUCCCCUCCACCACCGCCACCUCCGCCGCAGCCCUCUUCUCCUCCCCCACCCCCUUCUUCAGGACUUCCUGCUAGAUUGGGCACAGAGAACAAGCAUGCAGGUGAGAAAUCAGGUCAUAAAAAUCUGGGAACUUCAUCGAAACAGCAACAAAAGCCCUCCUUGCCGCCUAUUGGCCCAGCUCAAAGAUCAGGUAGGCAAGGGCAACCAGGUAGGGUCGAGACAGAGGAGGAGAGAAGGUUGAGGAAAAAUAAGGAGUAUGAAAAACUAAGGCAAGAGGAGAAACACAGGCAGCAUUUGAAGGAGUCUCAAAAUAAAGUGCUGCAGAAGACGCAAAUGAUGGCCACUGGGGUGAAGGGGCACGGGUCUAUUAGCGGAUCACAUAUGGGUGACAGGAGGAGUACUCCGUUACUAAGCAGUGACAGAAUUGAAAACCGAUUGAAGAAGCCGACAACCUUUAUCUGCAAAAUGAAGUGCUAUUAUAAUCAAUUCUUUCAAUCUAAGAUGUCAAAAUUGUUAAGGUUGCAUAUUGCCGACCUACAGUUACAGUUAUUUUGUUGUACAUUUGCAUUUGAUUUCAGUAAUUUUGUGCACUUUAUGUUUCAAUGUGUGAAUUGGGCGGCUUAUCAUUUUACUGAUAUUUGUCCACUAGUGGAUUCAGUGAACUAG